AUGGCUGCACAAACCGACGCUGCUGCUCCUCCUCCCGUACCACCCCCCGUCAAGGGCCCGAGCAAUGCGCCUGCUACAAAGCAUGCUGCCGGACCUCCUCCCGCGUGCCUGCUGCCGCCCUCGUCGUCGGACCAGGACGACUCGGUCCUCGGCUUCGAGCACAGCGACGAGCUGACGGGGGACCAGAUGAAGCGGCUCGCGGCGUCGGGCGCGGCGCACUUUCACCGGCUCGGGUGGAAGCGCCUGGCCGUGGUCACGAUUGUCGAGGCCGUGGCGCUCGGCGCGCUCAGCCUGCCCAAGGCGUACGACACGCUCGGCAUGUUCCCCGGCGUGUUCCUGACCGUCGUCAUUGGCUUCCUCGCCAUCUUCACCAGCUACCUCGUCGGGCAGGUCAAGCUGCGGCACCCCGACGCCGCCAGCUACGCCGACGCCGGACGCCUGCUGCUCGGCCGCGUCGGGUACGAGAUCUUUGGCGCCGCCAUGGUGCUCGAGCUCGUCAUGGUCGUCGGCUCCCACGCGCUGACGGGCAGCAUCGCGCUCGGCGACCUCAACAGCGGGCGCGUCUGCUCCGUCGCCUUUUCCGCCAUCUCGGCCGUCAUCCUCUUCAUCCUCGCCAUCCCGCCCUCCUUCACCGAGGUCGCCAUCCUCGGCUACGUCGACUUUGUGUCCAUUCUCGUCGCCAUUGGCAUCACCGUCAUCGCCACCGGCGUGCAGGCGACGCACAGCGACCGCGGCCUCGGCGGCGUCGACUGGCGGGCCAUGCCCAAGGACGGCCUGGCCUUUUCCGAGGCCUUUGUCGCCGUUAGCAACAUCAUCUUUGCCUUUAGCUUCGCUAUUGGCCAGUUCUCCUUCAUGGACGAGAUGCACACCCCGACCGACUACAUGAAGUCCAUCUGGGCCUCGGGCCUCAUCCAAAUCUGCAUCUACACGCUGACCGGCGCCCUGUGCUACGCCUUCAUCGGCAGCGACGUGCUCGCGCCCGCGCUGCUCUCCGCCGGCCCGACCGUCUCCAAGAUUGCCUUUGGCGUCGCCCUGCCCGUCAUCUUCAUCUCGGGCUCCAUCAACUCCACCGUCGCUCUGCGGUACAUUCACGGCCGCGUCUGGAAAAAGUCGAUUGUCCGCUACGUCAACACCCCGAGCGGCUGGUUCUGGUGGAUCUCCCUCGUCGCCGUCUUCACUGUCCUCGCCUGGAUCAUUGCCGAGGCCAUCCCCAUCUUCUCCGACUUGCUCUCGCUCGCCUCGGCGCUCUUCGUCUCGGGAUUCUCCUUUUGGAUCCCCGCCGUCAUGUGGUUCUACCUGCUCUGCGAGGGUCCGUGGUACGCCCGCAAGAAUAUCCUGAUUAGUCUCGGAAGCAUCCUGGCUUUUAUCGUGGGUAUCGUGACGCUGGGUGCUGGCACGUAUGCGACCAUUAAGGAUAUUAUUGACCAAACCACACACGGCGAUACCCAUCGUCCGUUUGCUUGCCGCCCGCUGCCUAGUGUCGGCGGCGUCCACUGA